CCCAAUAUCUACCAAUUUUUCCGCAUCAAACACAGAUUUCCACCAAAAAUGGCAACAUUCACGGUGAAAAACAGUCUUAUUGCUGUCAUCCUAGCGCUCAUUCUUGCUGGAGCCACGCCUGGAAUCAUGGUGAAAGCACAGUGUGUUAACAGUUGUGAACAACCAAAUGAAUGUUGUAGUCAAUAUGGGUACUGCGGAGAAGGUCCCGAGUUCUGCGGCGCAAACUGCCGAGGGGGUCCUUGUACUAACAAUGGUGUUUCAAUAGCUGACAUCGUUACAGCCGAAUUCUUGAAUGGGAUAUUGAAUCAGGGCUCAAGUUGCGUAGGCAGAAACUUUUACUCCAGAGAAGCUUUUCUUGAUGCUCUCACGUCUUUCACUCGCUUUGCAAGGUCUGGCUUAGUUGAAGAUUCCAGGCGUGAGAUUGCUGCUUUCUUUGCCCAUGCGAGCCAUGAAACUGAACGUUUUUGCCACAUAGAAGAGACAGAUGGGGCCAAGAAGGAUUACUGCAAUGAGACAUUGACAGAGUAUCCAUGCGCUCCGGGCAAAGGUUACUAUGGGCGUGGACCAUUGCAACUAUCAUGGAACUACAAUUAUGGACCAGCUGGUUUGGAGCUUGGGUUCGAAGGUUUAGGUGCACCAGAAACGGUGGCCAAUGACCCUGUUAUCGCCUUCAAAGCUGCCCUAUGGUUUUGGACCAGAAAUGUUGCAGCAGCCAUAAGCCAAGGAUUUGGGGCGACCAUUGAAGCCAUUAAUCCAAUGGAGUGUGGUGGUAGAGAGCCUCGGAAAGUUCAGUCUCGGAUUGAUUACUUCACAGGGUAUUGUAAUCAACUUGGUGUUACUCCUGGGGGUAGUCUCAACUGUUAGUAACAAUAACAAAGUUAUUUCUUUUAAUUGUUUUACUCCAAUUUUGAUUUUUCUUUAAAAAAAGGUUUUAGAAAGAUAAUAUGGUCAUUGAAAAUGUGAGAAAUAAAUGUUUUAAGAAAAAUUAUUGUGAUUUUAAUUCCAAAAUUUUGGAAAUCAAUUAAUAAAUAUUGAGAGGAAAAUUAUUGUCCAGUAAUAA